GGCCUAGAGGGUAUAAAAGAGUCAUGGACGGAAGCCUUCAUUGCAGAAGAUUUCAGGAAACUGCAGACAUGUUUAGGUUUCUUGUGCUGACCUCUCUUGCAGCCCUUGUGCUGGCUGAGCCGCAGCCCAGGUUUCUGGAGGAUGAUCGUACACAGGAGAGAGUGGUGGGUGGUGAGGUGGCCAGACCCCACUCCUGGCCCUGGCAGAUAGGUCUUCAGUACCUAUCUGGAGGCUCCUACUACCACACCUGUGGAGGGACCCUGAUCAGGAGAGGAUGGGUCAUGACUGCUGCUCACUGUGUGGACACCCCCAGAACCUGGCGUGUUGUUCUUGGGGAUCACGACAUCUAUACCCAUGAGGGCACAGAGCAGUACAUGACCGUGAGUCAGGUCUACGUCCACCCCAGUUGGAACUCCAACAAUGUUGCAGGCGGGUAUGACAUUGCCCUCCUGCGUCUGACAUCUGAUGCUACUCUCAAUAACUACGUCCAGCUCGCCGCUCUGCCUCCUGCUAACCAGGUUUUGCCUAACAACAACCCCUGCUAUAUCAGUGGAUGGGGUCGCACCCAGACUGGAGGUCAGAUCUCUGCCCAGCUGAAGCAGGCCUCUCUGCCUGUUGUUGACUACAAUACCUGCUCCAGCAGCGGAUGGUGGGGGAGCACAGUGAAGACCACCAUGGUUUGUGCUGGUGGCGGCAGCAAUUCUGGCUGUCAGGGUGACUCUGGUGGCCCCCUGAACUGCAGUGUUGGUGGCCAGUAUGUUGUCCAUGGUGUGACCAGCUUUGUGUCCUCCUCGGGCUGCAAUGCCUACCAGAAGCCUACUGUCUUCACCCGCGUCUCUGCUUACAUCAGCUGGAUGAACAGUAUCAUGGGUUGAGAAGAGUGAUCAUCUCCAUGGAAACACUCUGGAUUCACCUCAGUUUCUUACUCCAUCAGAAUAAAAUGUCCUUCAAUGCA